AUGCCUCCUUCACUUCUCUCCUCCCGUACGCCCAAUUUCACAUUGUCUCAUGCUCCAGAACUUUGCAGAUCCUCCUUCUUCUCUUUCCUCUGGUUUUCAUUCCAUCUAAGAAGUUUGCUGACGACUCAACAUGGCUAUUCACUCAUUCAAAAUUCAGAUUGCCCUCCUCAUUGGACUGGAGCCGCAUGCGACUGGCCAAUUUGUGUCCAUGGAAGAGCAAAUCCAGCAACAAAACUUUGUAAUUGCUACAAUUAUUACUCCCCUCCGUUUUGUAUUUCAUGCUUGCCAGGAUAUUGGGGUGAAUCAUGUGACCGUCAACCUCUGAAAGGGGUCACCUCAGCCAGUGAUUUCCCAAUUCGAGUUCCUCCGUUUCUGGUGAAACCAAUUCUUUUCGCUAUCGCAAUUUUAAUCGUUCUGUUGAUUCUGUUUGUGAUUUACAGAAUCCGUAUCUACAUUCGCAGCAGGAAGCCACCACGUUACGAUGACAUCGCAAAGGAUCUUCCACCUCCAUACUCAUCGUAA